AUGUAUGGAAAUCCCCAUGAAAAUGAAAAGGUAGCUUUUUGGCGUUUGAUGUACCAGCGUUUUGUGAUUCAUUCUAUUCCCUGGUUAGUGAUAGGGGAUUUUAAUGAAAUUUUAGAUUGUUCAGAAAAGUGGGGAGGAGACUGUCCUUCUCAAUGGAGAUUAAAAUUGUUCCACGAGUUUGUGAGUGGAAGACAACUCCGUGAUCUUCACUACAAUGGGCCAGAAUUUACUUGGUUUGCUAUUCGUCAUGGCCGUGUUUUUAUGAAAGAAAGACUUGAUCGAGCAUUGGGAAACUUGGCCUGGUGCUCUGAUCAAUCUCGCACCCAAGUUUUUCAUCUACCUAAGAUUGCUCUUAUUCAGCAAAAUUGGGUGUUGGGGUCUGAUACGCAAGCAAUGUCAGUAUGGAAAUCAAAUCUCUCAGGUUGCAGCCGUGCCUUAAAGUCAUGGAGUAGAAAAACAUUUUCCAACCCCACCACUCAAGUUGCAGAGAAGCUUGUUGAAUUGGAAAAGCUUUAUGAGUCCAAUCAGCCUGACGAGUUGUUCACUUCGAAUGGCCAGCAAGAGUGGGGUGAAGUUCUGGAUUUUGUGGAUCCAGUUGUCACCACUAAUAUGAAUGUCAAGCUCACUGAGUUGAUUACUCUUCAGGAGGUUAAAGAUGCGGUUUUUGAUCUAGGUGCAACAAAAGCUCUGGGGCCAGAUGGUUUUUCUGGUGUUUUCUAUCAAUCUCAAUGGGAUACUGUAAGAAGUAUAAUUCAUGAGGCAGCCUUACAACAUCAAUCAACAUCCUCUCUGCUCCAAGUUAUGAAUCAAUCUCAUCUUGCUCUUAUUCCUAAAGUUAAGGCACCUGUGACUGCUUCCCAAUUCAGACCAAUUGCAUUGUGUAACUUUUCUUACAAAAUCUUGACUAAGAUUCUUGUCAAUCGUCUCAAGACUUUCAUGCCAUGUCUAAUCACUGAGAAUCAAUCAGCUUUUGUUUCUGACAGACAAAUCCAAGAUAAUAUUAUUGUGGCCCAUGAGAUAUUUCACCAUUUGAAGUUGAGCAAGUCUGGUGACAAUUACGCAUUCGGUUUAAAGUUGGACAUGAACAAGGCAUACGACCGUAUCGAAUGGAAUUUCCUUCAAGCUGUUCUUCUGAAAAUGGGAUUUGCAGAUCGGUGGGUGAAUUUGGUUAUGAAUUGUGUUACUUCUUCAACUCUCUCGGUCCUUAUAAAUGGAAAACCAGCCUCGGGUCAGCUCAUAAAUGUGGAAAAAUCGUCUAUUUAUUUCAGUCCGAAUACUCCCACAGAAAUAGGUCAUCUGCUCAGUUCAAUCAUGCAAAUCCCAACUGUGACUGAUCUGGGGAAAUAUUUAGGCCUCCCUACAUUUUGGCAUCGUUCCAAAAAAGCUGCUCUUGGUUAUAUCAAGGAUUCUAUCACCAAGAAGGUGAAAGGCUGGAAGCAAGCUACUCUUAGUCAGGCUGGAAAGGAACUUCUGAUAAAAGCUAUAGCGACAGCAAUUCCAGCCUACCCAAUGGCUUGCUUCAAAUUCCCAGUUUCUCUUUGCACCCAACUCAAUGGGAUUUUAGCAAAUUUUUGGUGGGGAAGUCAGGACUCUAAUGGUCUGCACUGGAAAUCUUGGGAUUUUCUUUGUCUUCCCAAAAAAGCUGGCGGUAUGGGGUUUCGAAACUUGGAGGAUUUCAACAACUCUCUCUUAGCAAAACAGGCUUGGAGAAUCAUUCAAAAUCCUACAGCUCUUUGGGUCCGUCUUCUGCAACAACGAUAUUAUCCGUCAACUUCCUUUCUUACUGCCAAAAAAGGUUCUUCUUCGUCUUGGAUUUGGUCUAGUUUGCUCAUUGGAAGAGAUUUGAUUCUUCGGGUUCUCAAUGAAAUAUCGCAGUAUCAUCGCAACUCAGUGGCUUCCCUCAUCAAUUCGGAUACCAACACUUGGAAUCUAGUGGACAUUGCACCCCAUAUAUCUCCUGCUCAAGCUCAAUUAAUUUCUGCCAUUCCAAUUACUGAUAGAAGAAUUCCUGAUUCUCUUGUUUGGACUCACACCAAAAAUGGUGAGUUUUCUGUAAGGUCGGGGUAUCACUUCCAACAUUUGCAAGUGCAUCGAGAAUUAUUUCAACAUCCUCACAGGUCUCACAAUAUCCCAUCCCACUUAUGGAAUUGGAUAUGGAAGUUGAAGACCAUUCCGAGAAUUAAGAACUUUCUUAGGCGUGCUUGCCAUGGAAUUCUUCCAACAAAGGGAACUCUCACUAGAAGACACAUUGCCACCUCUGCUGAGUGUCAUAUGUGUUCGCAUCAUGAUGAGUCAAUUGAACACGCCCUCCUGACUUGUCCCUGGAUUGUAAGUGCUUGGUUUGCUCAUCCUUUCUCUUAUAAAGUCCCUCUCCAAACCAUUACUUCUUUUGACAGAUGGUUAUUCUCUGUGAGUCAAUUAGAGAAAGCGAGUGACUUUGCUACGCACAUAUCUUUCUUUCUCUGGCGAUGUUGGAAACAUAGAUGUGAUUGUCUAUAUAAACAUAUUCCUCCAGACCCUAGCAGGAUUGCUUUGUCUUCUUAUCAUGCAGCAAAUGAGUUUAUUGCAGCAACCAAGCCUGGGUUUCCCAUUCCAAGACAAUUGCAACGUCUUACUCAGUCUCUUCCUUGCCUCUCAAGAUGGAUUCCACCUCCUAUGAAUGCCAUUCGAAUAAAUACUGAUGCAUCAUGGUUCAAAGACUCUCUUUUAUGUGGAAUAGCAGCUAUUGCUCGUGAUUCGAAUGGUCGGUUGGUUGCGGGCAGAGCAAUAAAAACGAUGGCCCCUUCUGCAAUGGCUGCAGAAGCUUUGGCUAUUAGAGAAGCUAUGCAUCUUGCCAACACUUUCCCGUUGCAGGAUAUUUUCAUUUCUUCUGACUCUCAAGAUAUUAUCAACUCUCUUAGACAAAAUAGCCCUGCUUCGGAUUGGACAGCAACUAAUAUUCUCUCUCAAGUCCGGUAUCUCCUUUCAACCCGGCAUUUUAACUGGUCGUGGACCAGUAGAAAGGCAAACAAAGCGGCACAUAUUGUUGCUUCGUUAGUCUAUAGUGGGAGGUGUCCUCCUAACUGGGUUCAGCACCCUCCUUCUCCCUUAGCUGCAGUUCUUGUUUUUGACAGUUUACCUGGUCCUCCUCACUUAUCAUCAACUUUGGAGAGAGAAUCGAAGCUUGGAAGAUUCGGAGCUGCUGGUGGGUUUUCUGAAAUUCCUCGCGAAUUUGGUCGCAAUCGGCGAAGACUGAGAUAA